AUCUGCUCGUGGCUUUUCUCAGUUCAACUCUCAAACUAUGUAGGUACUUGUCACACUUGAAUUGCAAUCGAGCGAGAUUCGCGAGCGCAUAAACGUCAUGGAAAUAUUCUGCAUUUUGUGAUCUUCGGCCCCCAGAUUUCAAUCCGUGGGCCGUGCCAACGCUGAAACGCCCACAGACAGACGUUGAUCGCCCAGCUCCGUUAGGUUGUCUCUUGCCCAAUCACAACACUUCCAGUCUUUCCAACUUCGUCGCAGUUGCAGACUCGACUGAAGCUGGUCUGCGCCCAUUGUUUUCGUCUUAUUACUGCAUCUGCAUUGUCCUAACGACCCACCCCGCAGGGCGAUCCGUCAGACCUCCUUGAUUCCCGCAAUAAUAACAUUCUUGCUCCGGCGUGGCUGGCCUCCGCCUCGAGCCUUUCCCCGAGCUUCGUUGCGCAGCUCCCGCGCUCCGGUUUCACCUGAACGACGACGCCCCGGGUUGAAGAGUUACGGCCCCUAAGACUUUUUAGCAGGAACCUACAACUUCCUUGCUGGUUCAGAGGUGCUGCCCCCCUCGACCGUUGGCGCGCGAUCCGAUUCCCUCACACCCCCAUCUCACCAAUCACGACCGGUAACCUGCCACCUUUUCGAGACUGCUUACCAGUCGGCGAUGUUCUAUUCACGCCGGUAUAAUAUCUCCAUCGGUAGUGGCCAGACCCUUGGGAACGCCUAUUGAUUGAUAUUGAUCCCGCAUCAACAUAUCGACAGCGCGUUCACUGCCGUCGUCGUCGUUUCAUAACCCCUCCAUCGACUACGUUCUCCGCCAUGACCCGACCAGAGGAUACCGUGCAAGGGCCACGCAGCUACCGGGGUGAGACGGAUGAGGACGAGGGAGAAAAGGGUUCGACCGACUCCCUGGUUCCCCCUCCGUUGUCCUACAAUGAUGGCUCACCGCGCACGGAGGAAGAUGGAUCCAGACCGGGUACCGCGAUGAGCGACCACCCUGGCAGUGGUGGCAAACAUUCAUCAAAUCAAAAAUUGUUGACGCAUGAGGAAACAAUCGAACUCGCCCGGCGUGCUGUGGAAAGUGGAAUUCAAGAUACUAAACGGUCCUUGGCGGGAAGCGAGGCUGUCACGGAUGUGGUCAAGCCGAAGCUUACUAUUGACCUGGGCCAUUCGCAUAUUGUCAGGAUACCGGAGCCCGUGGUGGACAUUAUCAAGGACGAGGUGGAAAGGCUUUCUCUAUCGAACAACCAUCUAUUUCAUAUUCCAUACCGCUUUGCCGAGUGCUCCCAUCUCCGAUACCUCAAUAUUCGAGCAAACAAUUUCCGUGAAUUUCCUAAAGGAGUCUAUAGAUUACCUCUGCUGGAGAUCCUUGAUCUCAGUCGGAACAAGAUCAAUGCACUCCCAGAUGAGAUUAGCAAGUUGCGAUCGCUACGGGUGUUAUCGAUCAUGCAGAAUCGGUUGGAUGACCUCCCAGUUGGGCUAUCCGACAUGAACAAGCUCCAAAUUCUCAAAAUAGCGGGCAACCCUCUGCGAUAUCCUCUCCGUCGUGUACUGGAGGCGUCAGAGGCUGAAAUAGCCCCAAAUAUGACGGACAAUGAGAAGGAAGUCGCGGUGACCGCAGAGCUCAAGAGGUUCUUGAGAACUCGACAGCAAGCGACAACACCUGAGCCAGAGAGCAGUGGCGAUACAAGCGACAUUUCAUUCGAUAUGCCAAAACCCGUACCGGUGAAACGGAAAUUGAGUAGUCGAUUUCCCGUCAUCCCAAGCACUGGUGAUGGAUCGGCACCCUCAUCUCGAUCUCCCUCUAUCUCGCGGGCACCACCAAUUCCUGCCAAAUCACACUUCCGAAUGGCCUCUGGCCAACAACCCCUAGGCUAUCACAUGCCUGGUCUUCAGCGGCCCGGUGUAAACCCUCACUCAGUCAACGAACGCAACCGAAGUAACAGCGAGGGAAUUAUUCAGGCUUCUUUCUCAGCUCGUAAUAAGCGUAUGGGCCUCAUUACUCGCAAAAACACAGAUCUGGGGACGCUGGACGAAACUCGGCCAUAUCGAAACAGUCAUUUGCGUGGCCUGAGCCACGGAUCUGUUCUCCGAGCACACCCAACAGCACCUGGUCCUACCAGCAGCAGUAGCUCUUCAAGCCCGAGUAGCCCACGAGAACGGCGACGUGUACGAGACGGCUGGGUCAACCGGAUGUCAAGUCUUCCGGAACAAAAGGGCGAACGAGUAUCUGAUGAUCCUAUUAUUGAGAGUGCCAAGGGCAUUCUGUUUGCGCUCUUCCAAAUUCACUCACAUAUUUCUACCCUCAUCAACGUGAUCCAGCGUGACGACACACGACGCCAUAGUCUGGAGCUCGUCUUCUACAAUGCUUCCACCCACGUCGAUCGGCUCAAUGAAGCCCUCGAGAAUGCCGAAACUUCACUGCCCGAUAGUCCCGAGUCAGCAAGAAUUAUCACGGAGACCGUCAAGCGCGAAUGUGAGACAUGUAUCGUGGCUUAUACCCACGUUGGAACACAGCUGCGGAACAGUGCUGCCAAAAUCGUCUCAAAUGGUGAUUCGCGCUAUGUGCGCUCGCUCAUGUUGAUGAUGUAUGGCAGUCUGGUGGAACUACGGAAUGCUUGUGCUAGCCUCAAUAUCCCGUUGUACCAGCCUCAAAAAUCUACCCCGGCUCCCAAGGCAAUCAUGCCAGAACCCAUCAAGGGCCCUCCCCCUGACCGGUUCCAACGAUCUAUUGUCACCCCGACUCGCGACCCAGCUCCCCCAACACGGCGAUUACGAAGCGACACUACAAUCCGACACCCUCAGAUGGCAAUGGGCGGUCCAUUACCAUUGAACGCCACCAGCCAUUCAGCGACUGGAUCGCCCGGCUACAAUACUCCAUCCUUCAAUUACGCACGCAGUCGAUCAAGCAGUCGGUCAAACCUCAUCAACACCUCGGUGCCGUCCUCUUUAGCGACGCCACGUUCCGGAGAGGCCUUCCCUCCCAUUCCCACAUCCGGCGGCGUGCCUCGAAUUAAUCCACUGACCGGCCUGGACGAGAUUGAGGAGGAACGAAUAUUUGAGAAGAUCUUCCAUCAACUCACUUCCGCCUACAGCUCGGCUCUCCAGGCACUCCCACUCGCUCGGCGACAAUUUAGCCGAUGCCUUGAAGUGGCAGAGCAAUCGCGCGAGUCGGAGGGAAUUCAAAUCCUUUGGACCAAUCUCAUCCGCCGGUGUCGCUUCUGCCUGGAAGUAUCCGAGGCACUGGGAAUGCGCCUCUCUAACAUGAAGGUGAAGGAGCCGGGCGGCGGACUACGUAACCAGCGGGAGUUUUGGCAACUGUGCAAAACCUUCAUGCAGUCUUUCGUCGAUCUCGUAACCGAUAUGCGAGAGGUGCGGAGCAUGCAACUUCUCCCUGGCGAUAUUAUCAUUAUACUACGUCCCGUACAGAAAGCCAGUCGCGAAGCGGGUCGCCUAAUCGAGGCAUCUCCUUGGUCGUAUCUCGCAGAUAUGGCUCCAACCCACACGCCAAGCAACCUGUAUGGGCCGCCUCUUCAACCGCCUCGCCCGCACUCGCAACAUCACACCUCGGUGUCAACUUCGGCCAUUGGGUCUCAUUCAACUGCGUAUCAGCUGGCUGCAAGCAUGUCCCCACAAUCGGUCACCGUGCCUGCAACUCCGCUGAGCGCUGCGCUGGGCCCUGCCGCGCAGGCCACCGUACCCUCUACCCCGGCAAGUGCAUACAGCGACAAGUUCUUCGAGGGUGACGUUUUUCAGCGAGCCGAUUCACUCCUGUCCAUGCCAAAUCAGGCACCUUUCUUCGCUCGCCGAUAAUCGAGUUAUCGCACUGUUCGGCAAUUCUGUAUCUUCAAGCUUGAGGUCCAGAACAACCAAUCCCCAUAUUCAGUCUGGUCUCCAUCUCAUUCCUCCCUUAUCCCGAUUUCAUGAUUAUACGAAGCGAAUGCAUUUGUUCUUUAUCUAGGUGUGGAUCCCUUCACCCACACUCGGCUCCCGGUCAAUGCAUCAGAUGCGAUGGUAAUCUCGCAUCUCCGAGGUACACGGACAGCUCCAUGGGUUAAGCUCGUAGCGUUGACCCAAAUCCCUACAAUGAUAGCUGGAUCAAAUCCUUCCUCAGCAACAGAGCGAAGCGGACACAGCCAGCCAUCGGUAGAAAACUAUACCUGGUAUUGACGUACUAUUGCCUAUAUGAGAAUAUGUUUGUACUUUCGGUUGUAAAAUAGAUGAUUAAAAACGCCUGGAAUCAAAAAAUCAAAUUUGACAAUGCAUAUGUAUC